AUGGUGUUGAGGACGUUUACAUGUUUCUACAUAGAUGAUUUAGACGGAGGUGCCAGUUCAUCCUCCGCUCAAACUUCAUCACCUUCCAAACUCACAGGACUACCUACUGGGAUCAUUACUGCACUGACGAAAUGUUACUCGCCGGAUUGCAUGGAGGGAAUGACCUGUUACAGCCCAAGACGCCCUAAGAAGGGAGACUCCAUCCUCGGACCUUCAAUUAACCCUCUUUCCCGUGGAGGAGGCUCACUUGUGGCUGCCGAUCCCGGUUCGUCUUCUUCCACAAUAUCAAAGGUGCACGACAGAGGCGAAGAAUGGAUCAACAGCGUCCCAAGUGAGGUCUUGGUGAAUUUCCCGGAGAAUGAGCUCACCCAGUUGAACUCGACCUAUGGGUCGAAUGGGUCGAACGGUAUCCAUCCGUAUACGAUUGGUAAUGGGGUCGAUGGGGAAGGAUACUCGAACGGAAACGUGCAAAAUGGCAGUGGGAGUGAAGAUCGUGAAGCGUUGUUUUCCCCGAUCAUCCAACGUAUUGGCGAUAUAUUUCUCGAAACUGCUACUGAGCUCUUUCGUGUCGCACAUCCCACAUAUAUCGGUGGCUGGCCACAGGCUGCGCGGAGGCUGAGGGAAGAAUAUGAGCCAAACAGCGAAUGGAGGAUGUGGGUUGAACGAGUUGCUCGACAAGCUCAACAGCUCAUAUCAAACUCCAACUCAAGCUCUACUGAUUCCCAGUCUGCUGCAUCUACUGCUGCUUAUCCCUCUUUAUCCUCGCCAUGCGGUUCUUCCCCUGCCUCUUCCUCAUCCGUAUACAGAGAGGUGCGAUCUUUGCUUAGUUCGACAUUUCUUCGCGAUUUGGUUUUUGCCGCCUCGGAGAAAUCAUACCUCGUCGCUCAACAACAUCCAAUUCUGUAUCUCAAUGUUGACGGCUUCCAUGCUGCUCCCCAUGCCCCACCUAUAAUAGCCUUGUGUGCAAUAUCCGGACAUUCCCUUUAG